UGCAGUGCAUGAAAGCGUAUGUGGAUUUUGAAGUAUGCAACGGCGCAUACGAAGUGUCCUGCCCGGACGACCGGUGCUCGACGGGCGCCGCCCUCACCCUGGACGAGAUCUCAAACCUUGUAACACCUUCCGUCAUGGAGAAGCAUCUCAAAUUCAGGCUUAAUCACGAGGUAGCGAUGGAUGCGAUGCGUGCGUUCUGCCCGCGGCCCGGGUGCGACACGGUGGUACAAGUUCGCGCCGCCAGUCCCGCACAUUGCCCUACAUGCAGACACGACUUUUGUUCGCAAUGCAACCAGGAGUGGCAUGGCGGUUUAUCUUGCGAGGCUGCAGCCGCGUCUUCAUCUAUGGCGGGCGCAGGAGCUCCGUUACUACCAGAUUCCGAACUCAUCAAACUCUGCCCCAUGUGCCGGGUGCCCAUCGAGAAGGAUGAAGGAUGUGCCCAGAUGAUGUGCAAACGCUGCAAGCAUGUUUUUUGCUGGUACUGCUUAGCUUCCUUAGACGACGACUUUUUACUCCGCCAUUACGACAAAGGUCCCUGCAAGAAUAAACUGGGACACUCCCGGGCAUCGGUACUUUGGCACCGCGCACAGGUUGUAGGAAUAUUCGCGGGAUUCGGUCUUCUACUGUUGGUCGCAAGUCCACUCCUCUUACUGGCCGCACCGUGCAUCGUCUGUUGCAAAUGCAGACUCUGUAAUCCCAAUACAAAGAAUCUUGAAGAAGUCGACGAGAUAGAAAGCAUAAGUCCUGGACGAAAAGAUGACGGUGACGAGAUUACGAGAGCGAGAUACCUCUCCGACUGACGGCGACGGUAUUAAUCUAGAACAUUCUAAAACGGACCUUAUGUGGAGCUAUUAUCACGUUUCAAUAUCGUGUAGGUGAUAUUCGGAUAUAACCGGAAAUAUUCGGAAACAUUCGGAUAUACUAGGUCAAGAUCGCGAACUUGCGAUCCUCGUAUUACAUAUAUAUGAUUGACAUCUCUGAGAUUUGACAUUUGAUCGACGAGCUAUUAAAUAAAAUAGAAUAAAAUUUUCCGUAAAUUGUAUUGACCUGAUUGACAGAUUUCAGACGCGAGUACAAAGUAAAAAAUUUCAAAAGAUAAAUUAGCUGAUGUAUUUCGUUAUGUUAGCUAGUUUUAGACGUGUUACGAUGUUUCAAAUAGAUGCAGAAACGAGAUAUAGUGUUUAAUGACUAACGUAAUAUAGUGAAUGACCUCAAAGACUAAACGGUAGUUUUAUAUCUAAGGUUGUCGUACAAAUAAUUAAGUGUUUUCGAUUGUCAAUACGAUUUUAAAGAAAAAACAACAAACCUCGGCAAAAAUUUCACUUUUCUCAAGAAAUAAAAGUCGAGAAAUGUUUUUGCGCCUUUUAAUGUUUGUUGAUGAUUAUUAUUUUAAGUAUUGCGUCGAUGCUUGUUUCGAAAUGACAAUACAUUUUCGAUAAUCAAAUUUAAUUAAAAAACUGUAAAUAUAUUUUCAUGUUUGCAUGUGUGCAAGAUUUCGUUAGAAAAUUAGUUAAAAUUCAGCGAGCAUAAAAAAUCGGUGCCACAGGCCACAGGCCACAUAGGGCGGCGUCAAGGCCAUAGCUUGUUUUGGAAAAAUAUUUUACAGGAUAUUUUGUAGUGGCGCUGUAUUUUCGUAAGGAUAUCUGAUACAAUUGAUAACAAAACAUAGAUCAUUUCUCAUAUAGACCUGUUGUAGUAUUGUUGCACCUACGCAAUUUAAUGAACAAUUAUAUUGUAUUCAAAUAAAUGAGCGCCAUCUAGUGGCUGCGAUCACAG